AUGUCGACCGCACCCAAGAAGGAAUUCCUCUGCAUUCUGCCGGAUAAGCCCGGUGCCCAGGCUAAGCGCCUGGAGGUUCGCCCAUUACAUCUGGAGGGCGUCAAGCCUCUUGUUGCGGGUGGUUCGAUUGUUGCUGGUGGUACUAACUUGGAUCGGCUCUACCCAGGCGCUAUGCUGAAUUCUCACCCUGCUGAGGGCGAGACUCCCUCCUUCAAGGGUAGUAUGAUGUUGGCUCAGGCUGAGAACGAGGAAGAGGUCCGCAAGAUCCUUGAGAAUGACAUUUAUGUUCGUUCGGGUGUGUGGGAUAUGGAGAAGGCGCAGAUUAUUCCUUUCAAGUCUGCCGUUCGUCAGCAGCUGUAG